AGCAGGGGGCGCUCCACUCCGCGCUAAUGUUUUAGGUGGCUGCUGACGUCACCGAACUCGUGGAGGUUGUUGCUGGAUCUGCUGCUGGUUUGUGAAUAUGCCUGCCAAAAACAAGAUUCCGAUCGGGUGGAGGCUUUAUACUGCAGUGGGGAAGAGAAUUUAUGGAACUCGCUUCAUCGCUUUUAAAGUCCCAUUAAAAAGGGCCAUGUUGAAGCAGCUUGAUCAGUCGGAAAGGUUCGGGCCGGCUGAUCUGAAAGAGAUCAUGGAGCAGGAAGGUCAGGAGCUCGGACUCGUCAUCGACCUCACCUUUACCGACCGCUACUACAAACCACAGGACCUGCCAGAAUCGUGUCAGUAUUUGAAGCUCUACACCGUGGGACAUGAUGUGCCAACUGACAAAAUCAUCCUGAGCUUUAAGAGAGCGGUGCAUCGGUUCCUGCAGGAGAACCAGGAUAACGAUAAACUGAUCGGCGUUCACUGCACUCAUGGACUAAACCGCACCGGUUACCUCGUCUGCAGGUAUCUAAUCGAUGUGGACGGUUUUGAACCUGCUGAAGCCAUUGACAUGUUUAAUGCAUCGAGGGGUCACCGUAUAGAGAGGGAGAAUUACCUGGAUGAUCUGAAAUCAGGACCAAUCCGCAGUAAUGAAGGGAUGGAGACACCGGACCGGGAACCCAUUCAGUGCGGGGAACAGCAGGAAUCUUUAUCUGAACCACACAGACCCAGCCCCCAGAACACGCGCCCCCGCUUCAGCUGGAGAGCACCACACCAAUACGGUCAAGUAAUGCCAUUUCAGCCGGGGGCUGUGAACCACCAUCUGAGGUUUCCCCCGAUGGGACCCCCUCCUGGACCACUGGGACCUCCGCCUGGUCUCCCGGGACCUCCGCCUGGUCUCCCGGGACCUCCGCCUGGACUCCCGGGACCCCCGCCUGGACUCCUGGGACCCCCACCUGGACUCCCAGGACCCCAUGGACUAUUGGGACCUCCUGGCCUGUUGCCUGUCCCUCAGGGUCCGGAGCCCCGCAGGCCGGUGGAACACAGCUCUCGACGCGGCCAUCACUCCGCCGUCCGCCCUUACCCUGCCUUUCUCACGCAGUACUCAUGGGGGGGUGAAGAACCGGAGGAGCAUCAGGAUUUGCACGGGAAGUUUCGAUCAGGGAAAUGGCUUCACCACCAGGCGAGAUGAAGCAUUUAUACUUUGACCUGUAGCAAGAGCUGGUCGUGGUCAGCACUUUUACACUGCAGCUCUCUCGAUCAGGGAGAGGGAGUACAGGUAAUCACAGGUGCGCUUAGUCCUGCAGUUAGACCCGGGCUUUGUUUUAUUCAUUGUUUUAUCUCUUUAACGAAUCCGAGGAGAAUUUCCACACUACUACAUUAAAACAGACAGAACUCUUAGGAUCUCUAAGUAUCUGAGUGUUGCGGUUCUCCAAGUGGGACAGUGUUAUUUAUUUGGGUCGGACCGGGACUGCUGCAGGAUUGGACAGUGACUGACCUGCUGACUGUGGGUUUUGGGUUGGUGUUCUCCUGCAUUUUAUUUAUGUUUAGGAUCUGUCCCUGUCCGCUCAGGGGUACUGUUGCGGUUCUGUUUCUAAAAUGAUUUUUUUAGUGUUUUUUCAUAAUGCACAAAUAAAGGUUUGCAGAUCCUCGG